CGUAAGUUAUUAUAAACUUUUCCAAAAAUUUAGGGUUUCUCUACCCUGUUGUUAAGUAAUUUAGCCAAUGUUGAAAUUUCCUAUAUUUCGAUACCCUUUUCUUCGUAAUUUUCCUCUUUUCAUUCGAAUAUAUAUACCAUCGAUGUGUAUUUUUUUUUCUUCUUUUCUUUUUGCAGCCAAUUCAUAAAUCAGUUUCACGAGGAUUUGAGUUACCUCUUUUUGUUUUACCAAAUCUUUCUCAAGUAUCGAAAACCAUUGAUUCAUAGAAAACACACGAUCUUCUUUCCCUUCUAUUUUCCUGAAAAGAGAGCUCGGAAGAUUGAUCGAUCGAUCCAGAGAUGAUGAACGAGUCAUCGUCUUGCUCUAAUAGUAAUUGUAGUCAUAUGUUUGUUGAUCACGGAAUCUGCCUCGCCUGUAAAACAAAGGUGAGCUGUGUCGAAGGCCAACCAUUCGGUUAUCUCUUCCCCGGUUUACGUCUGAGCAACGAAGCUGUAUCUGUUACAAAGCAUCUCACAACCCUAAUCUCAGUUUACGGACAUAGGAAGCUUCACUUAGUCCUUGACUUGGACCGCACGCUAAUCCACUCCAUGAAGACUACAAAUCUUACUAAAGCAGAGAAGUAUCUUAUCAAAGAAGAGAAAUCAGGUUCAAGGAAAGAUCUGCGGACCUAUGACGGUAGAUUAAUAAUUAAGUUGCGACCUUUUGUUGAAGAGUUCCUUAAAGAAGCCAACAAGCUGUUUACUAUGUUUGCUUACACAAAAGGCCGUUCGAGUUACGGUCACGCUGUUGUGAGGAUGAUUGAUCCAAACAAAAUCUAUUUCGGGGAUCGAGUGAUAACUAGGGAAGAGAGUCCUGGCACGAAGACACUUGAUCUUGUCUUAGCUGAUGAACGUGGAAUCGUUAUUGUGGAUGAUAAGGUAGGUGCUUGGCCUCAUCAUCAGAGAAACUUGUUGGAGGUCACAAAAUACUUCUAUUUCAGAAACGAUCACAAAUACACUAAGUCAAGACCAUCUUAUGCAGAGAGGAAGAGUGACGAGAGUAGAAGCAAAAGAGUAUUGAUGAAUCUUCUGAAAUUCCUGAAGCAAGUUCACAAUGAAUUCUUUACCUGUGGGCUUGAAGAUGAGUUAGAUUUUAAGGACGUUAGGUGCUUGAUUAAAGGUCCCUUUAAACCACCUGGAUGCUAAAUUUUUGAAAACUAGAUUUAGCUUCUUCUGAAAUAUGAAACGAGAGACAGAAAAUGGAAGAAGCUAAUUUUUGUUUCUCUUUUUUUUUUUUUUUUUCAGACAACUCUCCAAA